CUGAGCUGUCCUGCCCUGGCCGGGUCUCGGAGCACACACGUGGCAGCCAGGCUGCCGUGAGAGGGGCUUAUCUUCCUCUGUGCUUACCUUGGCUCUGAGGGACAAUAACCUGCAGCUCCCAAUGGCCUGUGUGCUGUGAACAAGGAAAACUGCUGAUCCUGCAAUGAUACCACUUUCUUCAGCUGCUCUGAUGAAGGUAUUUCAUGGAGCCUUUGAGCACUAACAUCACUGCUCUCUGUGUGACCAUUUGAGAGCAAACAAGCUGGACACAGCCAUGGGGGACUCUCCAGCAAAUGUCGUGGAUGGAGGCAUGGACACACAGACUGAACUGGUGGAGAGGGUGGCAGCCAUAGAUGUGUCUGUUGUCCCAGACAGAAGGGACCAAAAUGGUGAAGACAACCCUGAAGAAAAUGACACAGUAUUUUCUGAUAACAUAAAGGACAUCCAAAGAAAUGGAGUCAGCAGUGAUGUGGCAAUCAAUGAAUUUCUGCCUUCCCAGCAGUCAGAAGAUGCUCACUUGAGGCAUGUUCCCAAGAGACCUCUAACCAGACCUGGUCUAUCAAGUAGGAAGCUGUCCCUUCAGGAAAGAUCAUCAGGAGGUUAUUUGGCUUCUAGCAACACUCCAGGUUGUGGUCCUUAUGCCACAGGGCCAUCCCCACGUAUAAUCAGGAGACCAACAAUAGAGUCCAAUCGGGUCUCCAUAUCAGACUCUGAGGACUGUGUGCAAUUAAACCAGUACAAGCUGCAGAGUGAAAUAGGCAAGGGUUCCUACGGCGUGGUAAAACUGGCCUACAACGAGAACGAUGACAAGUAUUACGCUAUGAAAGUCCUCUCCAAAAAGAAGCUCUUGAAGCAGUAUGGAUUUCCACGUCGGCCUCCUCCCAGAGGGUCAAAAGCAUCCUCUGGAGAGCAGCCCAAGCCCAUGGCACCCCUGGAUAGAGUCUAUCAGGAAAUAGCCAUCCUAAAGAAGCUGGACCACAUCAAUAUCGUUAAGCUGAUAGAGGUCCUUGAUGAUCCUGCAGAGGACAACUUGUACAUGGUGUUUGACCUCAUGAGGAAAGGGCCUGUCAUGGAGGUGCCCAGUGAGCAGCCCUUCAGCGAGGAGCAGGCUCGGCUCUACUUCCGAGACAUCGUCCUGGGCAUCGAGUACUUGCACUACCAGAAGAUCAUCCACAGGGACAUCAAGCCUUCCAACUUGCUCUUAGGAGAUGAUGGCCACGUCAAAAUUGCUGAUUUUGGUGUCAGCAAUCAGUUUGAAGGGAAUGAUGCCCAGCUUUCCAGCACGGCAGGGACGCCAGCCUUCAUGGCACCAGAGGCCAUCUCACAGACUGGCAAAAGUUUCAGUGGAAAGGCCCUGGAUGUGUGGGCCAUGGGAAUCACCCUGUACUGCUUUGUUUAUGGGAAGUGCCCUUUUAUAGAUGAAUAUAUUCUGGGUCUUCAUAAUAGGAUCAAGACCAAGCCUGUGGAGUUCCCAGAAGAAGCACAGAUAAGUGAGGAGCUCAAGGAGCUGAUACUGCGCAUGCUCGAUAAAAAUCCAGAAACGAGGAUAACAGUCCCUGAAAUAAAGGUGCACCCCUGGCUGAGCCGGGGCGGCGCGGAGCCGCUGCCACUGGAGGAGGAGCACUGCUCCGUGGUGGAGGUCACCGAGGAGGAAGUCAAGAACUCUGUGAAGACCAUCCCCAGCCUGCCAGCUGUGAUCCUAGUGAAGGCCAUGCUGAGGAAACGCUCCUUUGGGAACCCCUUUGAGGUCCAGACGAGGCGGGAGGAGAGAUCCAUGUCUGCUCCAGGGAACCUGCUGAUAACACAGGGGAGCAGAGAAGCCGCCAGGGACCCGGAGCUGCCCGACGUGUGCGAGGACGAGGCCGCGGCCUGACGGCGCAGCUGCCGCGGGCGGGCCGCCCUCAUCCCCCUCACGGCCCUCACCGCCCGGCCCGGGGCCCGCACGGCAGCACAGCAGCACAGCGAGCCCAGCAGGAAGGCAGCGAGCCACACGAGCCAGGCAGGAGGAUCGGAGCAGCGUCGGCCCCGGCCGCGAGCUCCUCCGUGCGUGCCUUGUGCUUCGCCCGAGGAAUGCGGCCGUGCUCCUCUCAAGGGUCAUCCUCCCCCCAGAGAAUUUUUCCUUGUGUUUUUGCAUUCUCUACUUCAAGCAUCAGGGGGGAAAAAAUGGCGUUAGAGACGGGUUUUAUAUAGGAGGGCAACUGUUUUAUUUAAUGCACUUGUGUACAUCAGGAGUCCUGCUCCUGGCGUGGAGAUGAAGGCAAAAUGGAUGUCACUUAAAUGAGGAUGAGAUCCUGCUGUUGGAGUGAACAUCAUCCCUCCCUGUGUCUUUUUUCCCUUUUCCUCCGAUCCCUCAGUUUUGCACAGUGUCAGUCCUGCCCCCAGCCGUGGCUUUAGUCAGGGCAGAGCUGUAAAGCAGAGGAGUUACAGGAGAUACCCUGGAAAGCCACAGAGCCCUGGAGCAUGGGGAUAUGCUGCUGCACACAACAGCUCAGUGCUCCAGGCACAUCUGCCUGGGCUGGGAAUGCACCCCAGCAGCUGCACCCAGUCCUGCACCCAUGGACCAUCUUCCCCAGCUGAAAAGAGUAGCAGGUUUGGGCUUUGUUUUAUUUCAUUUCCUUCUCUUCACUUAUCUUUUGUGUACCUGAUGCUUUGAAACUUUAAUUUCGUGAAAAUGACCCAGACUGGGAGAGGUUCCUAGGGUGGAAAAUGAUGGUGGAGGGUUUUUAGAAAGCUACAGAACACAAGUUCACAACUUGAUAUUUUUAUAAAGAAGGCUUUAAUUUUUAAUUUUGUUUUAAGACUGAUUUUUAUGCAUGUGCUGAUGCUGCUAUUUUUUCCAUAGAUUGCUUCUAAACUUGGGGUUAGAAGCUUCAUCUCAAUAGUUUGACAACUGGUAAGAGAUUGCACUUAAAAAGGUAAAUACAAAAAAGCAAAUACAGCCUUUUUUGGCUGUUGACUGUACAGAGUGUGUGGAUAAUCAGGAAUGUCACUCCUCCAUUCAGAGAGUAAAAACCAGUAACAUUCAUCUGUCAAACUAUAUGUCAUUAUUUUCCCUUGAGCCUUAUCGGGUCUGAGCAUGCCCCUGGGAAGCCAGUAGGAUUGGAAUCUUAUUUUAUAGUACUUUAAGAAAGGACAUGAUUCAAUUUGGUUCCUACAUAAUCAUCUUAGUGUCUGUUUUUAGGUUAAUCCUGAGGACUUGGGACUUUGUUCCCUCAUUUUUUGUGCAGGGGGACACAUGUGCGAGGGUUGUUGGUAGUGACUGGUGUAUCCUGGUGCUCCUGUUCUGUUUGCUGCAACCUCAUUUUAUGGUUCCCAACAUUUUAUAGCUGGGCUUUGCUGCUGGUGCCUUCUGUCUGUCCCCAGCCUGUCACCUCCCCUCACUCAUCCUCAGCCACCUCAGUGGGAAGCCCAGCACUCCCCAGCCUGGGCUCUUCCAUGCAUCUCACCUGUAAAUAUUGGCAAAAUGGGAAAUAACAUUGCAGCUUCUCUGUUGAAUGGAAACCUUUAAUGCUGAAAGCUGGUGUUGGAUCCUGUAAAGGUUGCUGCUGUGGAACUGAGCUCUGCACUGCUGCUUCCAGGUGCUAAAUCCUGCCUGGUUUUUGGUGUCUGCACCAGCUGUGAGCUCAGCAUCCCGUGAAGAGCCUGGUCCUGCACCAGGAGGAUGCUCUGAUCCUUCCCCCAGCCUGGGACACGGGACUUUCUGCUUGGAUCCUGCUGCUUUGUAAUGAAGAUUUAGGUGCCCAGAGGUAGGGAGUGAAGAGUCUGAGAGCACAGGGGAUUCUGCAAAUGAGAAAGAUUGUCCAGGUGGAACUGCUGCCUGUGGGAGGGACAAUCUGUGGAUACAAAUUGAUCUGUGCUGUGGUGCCACCAGCUCCUGCUGCAAACCAGGGGCCAAGCUGGGAAAACUGUCCUCCUGUUUGUGGAAAAAACUUUCUCCAACUGGUGUCCCCAGGACAGGGCCAGGGAGUGACCUUGGAGCAAAGACACAUCUCAGGAAUGUGCCCUACACCAGGCAGAAAAGGGAGUUCUGGUAAUCCUCAUCCCUGUGGGACUUCUGAAGUCUAAGCAAUACCUGGGUUAUGCUCAAAGAGCUCUAAGAAUGCAAACAUGGGGUUAGUUACUCUGUUUUUAAUCUGUGGCAAGAAUAAUUUGCUAACCCAGGCAGCUGGGGUUAUUUUAGUGAUGCCCAAGGGGUUGGAGCUGGUGGGGAAGGCUGCAGGAAAGCUGUUCUCAGCCUCAAUUAAUGCAACCAAGCAAAUGAUGAGUUACAAAUGAGCUCUGUAUCACAUUCCUUUACUGGUACCUAAAUCAUCACUUCAGUUUUGGAGAGGAAUGGGUGUUUUUUAUGAUUAUCUCAAAAUCUACCUGGAUAUAUUUGCCCUUUCAGCCACAAGAAGUCCUUCUGGAGCUGUUCCCACAGGUCCAAGAACCAACCCCUCGAGCUCUGAGCUCGUGUCACACCUUGUUUCUUCAGCAAAUCUGCCAACAGGCUUUCCCUUAUACCCCAGAGAUCACCCCUAUCGUGUCACAAACAGCAGCCUGAAAACCUGCAUGAAAUGAGAUGAAAAAUGUGCCCUGGCAGCAGGAGAAACCCUCAGAUAGGCAAAAACAGGCUCUACUCACUCAGCUGCAAUGAAAUCCUUGCUUGUUUAUGUGCAUGUUAGAGCAGCUCAGGGCAACUGGUUCUGCUCUGAAGAAAGGAAGAGACUGAAGAGAGGGGAUUUAUUUGAGAAUAAACAUCCCAGGCAAGGCAGCGCUUUUAGCUCUUGAGUAAAAUCAUUCUCUUUAGCUGGAUGGGUAAAUAUUUGUCUGCUCCUCUCUAUGAUGGAGGGGAUGGGGUUCAGUGUGGGCUCUGCAGAGCAGUGAGCAGAGCAGGUGUGGCACACUCAUGCUUUGGUGUGUGCUCUCUGUUUCUCCCCUCCAAAUCCUCCUCUCUGCUGUUCCUGGAGCACUGGGAUGCUCUGGCCUGGGUUAGCUGGGUUUGGAGUCACCAGGAGAGUUCCUCUUUCCCCAUCACCAUUGCAUCUGGUCAAGCUUUCCAGACUCUUCCAGACUGAGGAUGAUUUUCUUGAAAGAAAUUUCUCAUCUGGGGGAACAGCACAUCUCUUUGAUCUCCAGGAGGUGGAUUUCUUUGUCUUGCUCAAUAAAUGGCUCUAGGCCUUUGGUUUUGGGGGGUAGUGCUAAGUAAAAAUCCUGGUCAAGUUUCUUCUGUUCUGCACUGAGGAAUGCACAGUCCGUGUCUUUAACCCUUUGGGCAGGAACGUGCUGCUGUCAAUGUCACACUUGCAAACAGAAGAGGUUUCCAGCAUCAGGGCAGCUGGUGGGAAAGCUGAAUUUUUGUAGGGCUCCUACCAGACGGAGCCUGACAAGGGACAGGGUAGCUGUUCCAUGCAAAACAAAGCAGUGGCUCCAUAAAACAACUCCCAGGGUGCAAUUUCAUUCCUUAUUUAUUGCCAGACUUGCAAGGAGGAGCUGCUGGGAGAAAUUUCGUGUUCCUUCAGCACAACUCGGUCCUGAAGCCUUUGGCAGCGCUGCCAUGGGGGAAUUUCUCCAUUUGUGGUGUGUGGCUGGGAGCUUGCUCGCCCUCCCCAGCUCAGUGCUUUCCCUCCCAUCUUGCCCAAAACCCCAUGAGCUUUGUCCCACCAGCCCAGGGCUUUGUCCCAGCCCCUGAGAGGCCCAGGCUCGCCCAGGGACAGGGAUCUCAGUGAAUUUCCCAAGGCAGGAGGGCUGUGCUGGGGGAUGCCACUUGGAGCCCGAGCACAGGGAUGCCUGUGGUGUGCAGCAGGGAGACUGGAAAGCAGAGUGGAGGGUUUGUGUGGAAAUAGAAUUUGGAUGAGGUGCCAAGCUUCUCUGCUUUAGCAGGGCAGGUUUGUAGUGGAGUUUGCUGAGCAGAGUAGUGCAAGGCAUUCCUUUCUGGCCCACAUCCUUCUACACAAGUCCAUGCUCGAGUCCCUCCCAGGCUGAAUUAACCUGCAUUAUGCCAUGACCCUGUUGCUGUGAAUGCAGCCUCCCAUGGGAUGAGGGAAGGAAAACAGCUCAUCAGUCACUGCCCUGCUCCUUCCCUUCCUGGAGAAAAGCCAUGUAUGCUCAGAGCCGCUGCUGGCAGAGCCGAGACCCUCCGUCAGUAUCCACGAGCCAUCAAAGUGCUCCCAAAAAAUGGUGUAAAUUCAAGAAAACAUGAAUUGCAACUCCUGAGGGUACAAUGCAAAUCCUCUGUGCUGUAAUUUUGCUGCUCUUUCUGAUUUCUAGGCCUGUUCUGUUGGUAUUUCUGUCUCUUGUUGCACUUGAAGUUAAACCUCUGCCCCUGUAUGUGCUCUGCUAUGAUUCCAGCAUGAUGUAAAUGCACUCAGUACUGUGACAGCACGUGACUGUUGCACUGUAAAUAUGUACCAUGAAGAGAGAGGCUAUUUUUUGCAUGCUUUUGUACUGUAGAACUGAUGAGAAAAUAACAAUAAAUUCCACAGAAAUGA